CCUGUAUGAAGCUCCCACUGUAGCAUUAUUAAUUUUUCAGGUAGUUUCAAAGUAAAUUAAAAUCCCUCACAAAUUGCAAGCAGACUUUAAGAGUGCCGCAGACAUAAAUUAGAUAAAAUAAAGUGUUUUUGUUUUCUCUUUGGCGGUAAGUUUCUGUUUUACUGGCACCUUUAAUGACAAGCAAUUCAUACCAAGCCAAGUGAAAUUGAUUUAGUGAUUAAGCCUGACACUUGGGAACUAAAUAGAGAGAUUUUGCGUGACUGCAGCCCUAUCCGGAACAUAUAGUAUACAGACAGACAUGAGCUUUAUUUGAGUGUCAAUAAGGAAGUGUUCUUCAUCAUAUGUCUGAACAGAUGAAUCCUGCGCGAAUAUUCACAUCUCAGUUCCUCGGCCUUUGAGAAAGUUAGCUUUAAUAUACACUGUCAUUAGGAUUUUAACGCACAUAUUCACGCUGAUAUCUUUUGACUUCUCGAGAAUUGCGAGCUUACUUCAAAAAAAAGAAAAAAAGAGCGUUUCUUCCCUUAAUUUAUUGUUACGUGUUAGCUAAGUAUUCGCGGACAUGUCGCUGAAACUUUGGUUUUCUCUGUGCAUUCAAUAGAGCAUAACGUCUUCAAAAUUCAGAGGUGGGAAAAAUAAUUAAAAAUGAACGCCCAGUAAGCCCGGAUCAAUUGCUAGCUGUUUUGUUUUUGUUGCUUUUGUUGUUUUGUUUUUUUUUUACUUUUCUUGUGCGACCGAGACAGGUGCAAACAGUGUUCAGUAGGGAGGAAAACGUCACACGCUUGAGCCAACAUUUAGGUUUAAGUUGUCAACCAGCUUUACAACCGACAUAUCGCUUUCCUUCCCGCUUCUUCCCGUUGCCAUAAGAACAGCACGUCAACAUGGCUUGCCAUGGAAACGAACGAUGCCUUAAAAUGCAAACUUCGAUCACACUGACCCUUGUUCUCCUGGAAUGGAUUUUUGCCACUGAUGGGGAGUUUGGUGACGAAAAUCAGAGAGAAGUGUUGUUUUACAGUAUAAAAUCAGCAUCACUUAUCGGCAAAGUCACAAUGACCACACUGGUAAAAGAUGAGCUGGAAUGUGCGUUCAUGUGCUUCCGGCAUUAUCCAAGCGACUGCCUUUCAUUUAACUUCCGCAGAGAGUCCAUCGGCGAAACGCACGUCUGCGAACUCAGCAAUUCUGAAAGGGCUUUGGAGCCAGACAGAAUGCAAAAUGGGCCAGGAUUUGAUUAUUUUGGCGUACAAACGGUGUACCUAUCUAGGUUUUACCCAUGUCUGUCGUCUCCAUGCCGUUAUGGAGGAACCUGUUUGAAUGGUCCAGAACUGGAAAGGUUCUGGUGUAACUGUUCCUUGGAGAUAAGUGUACUGCCUUACAUUGACAACAAGUGCAACGUCAAUAAAACCUUAAUCAUUGAAGGCUCUCCAGUCGGACGCGUUUUCUACGCAGCCGUGGAUAAGGCGAAAAUGAACUAUUAUGAAGCCGAACGACUUUGCGAAAUGCUUGGAGCUAUUUUGGCAUCACUCGAUCAAUUAACUGCGGCUCAUAAGGCUGGACUAAACCAGUGCAAUUAUGGCUGGCUGAUAGAUGCUACUGCUCGUUAUCCAAUGCAAACAGUCAAGCCAAACUGUGGAAACAGAACCGGAGUCAUAGGAAAUACAGCUAAACGUGAUAAACAUGAUAAGCGAUAUAGCGCAUACUGUUACAAACUUUAGAAGGUUAAUCUGGUGAAGUCAAUUCCAAUGACGAUAAUAGCCGUAAAAUGAAGACUGAUAUCACUUGAAGCAGGUCUUAAACAAUCGACGCAAGUUUCUAUUGUUUACAUGAAGCACGUUAUGUUUUUCAACAGAAACGAAGGGCACUCAAAUAUAGCUUGCUAUCGCAUGAUAAACAAACAAGUAACUAAAUACAGUCACUGUCAGUGAAUGUAGUAUUUUUAGACAGAAAAACAAUAACUUAGCUGAAAAACGCUCACAAAACAUUUUUUCUUCAAGAAAAUCUACUUAACGACGUUGUACAAAGAGGAAGCAUGAGCUUCGGGGAAAGAGUUUGUAAUACUAUUUAUCGUAUGACCAGUACGGCCCCGCGGGCAAUUUC